GCAACGAGCCACAGGGAACAUCUCGUACAAACACUCAAAUAUAACCUCUCUCCUGAAACUGCAGCUUGUAUUGGAGAGGUGGAUGUUGCCCAAGAUAAUACCUCCCACCCACUCCAUCACUCGCUGGCCAAUCACAGGAGCAGAAUGAGAUUACCCAUAAUGCACCACUAAACAACAGAGGAUAUCUUUCCUGUCUGUGGAUAUCUCUGUACAACUCCUCCAUUUCAUUCACAGGACACAGUGCAGUAGUUCCAGCCUUACUAUCACAUCCUCUACAGAGAAAAUAACAAACUUAAAACUAAAUGGCUAUGUCACUACCUGCUGCCUUCCUGUCUGAAGACCAGUUCACCUGCUCUAUCUGUCUGGAAGUAUUCAACAAACCGGUCACAACACCAUGUGGACACAGUUUCUGCCAAACCUGCAUUUCCUCCUACUGGGACGGAAGCAAACGGAGUGCAAAAACAUACCAGUGCCCUCUCUGCAAAGAGUCCUUCCUCAAGAGACCAGAGCUCCAUAUCAACCUGACCCUGAAGGAAAUAACUGAACAAUUCAAGCAGAUGGCCAGCUCUCCUGUGGCUGAAAGACUUGGAGGAAUUGAGCCUUCCAGGUCCCCUUCCCAUCAUAAUCAACCACUGUCACCCGGAUUCCAGAGGCAGAGGGAGAUGCCCGAGAACAUCUUUGCAGAAAUGAUGUCACGUUUUCAGCGCCUGCCAGACCCCGGGCUGAAUCACGCUCCACUCCCCCAAAGCCAGAGUCGAGAUGGUGCUCCCUUUGUCAGGACGGAGCAUCACGACCCCCCACCACCUUACCCCAGUGACUCGGAUCUGCCGCCGUGCCCCAUCCACCUGAGAGGUCUGGAAUUCUUCUGUCGCACUGAUAACGUAUGCGUGUGCAGCACGUGUGUGGAGACGUCAGAUCACCUAGGACACAACAUCACCCCCGCCAAACGAGAGUGGCACUUGAAGAAGGCUCAGUUAGGUAUUACUGAGGCGGAGCUAAAGGAGCUCAUCAGUGAGAGAGAGAGAAAAGUGGAGGAGAUACACAGCUCCCUGCGAGAGAUAAAGGAUGCUGUCGAGAGAGAGACGGAUGGAGCCGUUUGUGCUUUUUCCAAGCUGAUCUCCAGCGUGGAGCACUGCCAAGCUGAAGUCUUGGAGGUGAUAGAGAUGACUCUUCGAGCAGCAGAACGCAGAGCUCAGAGUAUGCUGAGAGAGCUGGAAGAAGAAAUAGCUGAGCUUAAACGGAGGAGCACAACACUAAGUCAGCUGGCUCUGUCUGAGGACUACAUAUUCUUUCUCAAGACGUACCCUGCCCUGUCUGCACCUCGGCAGGCUAAGAAUUGGUCCGGAGUCUCUGUGUCAUCUCAGCUGACGUCAGGUGUGAUUCUCAGGUCUGUCAAUCAGAUGAUGGAGCAGUUUCACAAAGAGCUGCGAAUACUGCCAGAAAUCUGUCAGCAGGCGUCAUCAAACCAGUCUUUAUCUAGACCCAACCCCAAGGUUAGGAGGGUUCAAGAAUAUGCAGUUGACAUCACUUUGGAUCCCACCACAGCCCACCCACGUCUCACCGUCUCAGCAGAUGGGAAGAGGGUUCACUGUGGAGAUCGCCAUCAGGUGGUACCAGACAACCUGAAACGCUUUGACCGGGUAGUGUGUGUGCUGGCCAACCAGGGCUUCAACUCAGGGCGCCAUUACUGGGAGGUGGAGGUAGGGGGGAAGACUGAUUGGGACCUGGGCGUGGCCAGUCGGUCCAUCAACCGUAAGGGUAAAAUCACCGUGAGCCCCGCCCAUGGAUACUGGUUUCUCAGUCUCCGGGAUCAGUCCGAGUAUGCCUUCCGAACAGAACCAUCGACCAACUUGACGGUUCACAUCAGACCAUCUCGGGUCGGAAUCUAUGUUGACUAUGACAAGGGACUGUUGUCCUUCUACAAUGUAGAUGCCAAAGUGCUAAUGUUUACAUUCACAGAUAGUUUUUCUGACACCAUCCAUCCAUUCUUCAGCCCCUGUACAAAUAAAUCAGGACGAAAUGAGGCUCCACUAAUCAUCUGUCCUGUUGCAAUGACAGAAUGAUAAACUGUAUCAAGUGCUUCAAAGUACUGCUUCAAGACUUGGAUACAGAAACAUCUGCAACUAACAACUGAUCAUUUUAUUCUUUGCAGCACAAUAAAGAAGAAUAUGGCCUUUGGUUAGCAUAUCCUAAAGCUGCCAUUGUGAUUAAUAUUGGCACAAAAUGUGAAAUUCUUUCUGGAAAAUACAGACACUGCAUCCUUCAAACUAAAGACGAGCAAGGCCAUCUGGCCUGCUAUCAGCCUCAGCUGAUGGCAUGGAGUCGCAUUAGUGCCUGUGGAAUUGGCAGUUUACACUUCUGGAAAGGCACACUUACUACAUCACGAAACAAAAAUGACACCAAAGCAGAGCCAGGACUGUUAUAUCAGAAAGUGCUCUCCUCAGUCGUCAGACGUUUAGAGACUGCUGCACAGACCUGAAAGCUGCGUCCUCAAAAAGAAACACUUCAUUGUGUUUGUAAAGUUGGACUUUAGGACUUUAGUGGGACAGGGCCGUACACAUGGCUGCCGCUGUCUCCGGCAGACCUGUCCUCAGCUGCCAAACUCAUAGUAUUUAAUCCUGGUGUGUGUUCUGACAACAACUAGGUUUAGUGUAUAGUACUGUAAAUAGCUUUGUCCAUUUGUAAACAGCACUGAAGCAGAAGUGUUGAACUGCCCAUUUAUUCUUGUACGUUUUCUCUUGUUUAUUAAAUUUGGGAGUUUGGGAUAGCGCUUGUCCUUGUCUAGUUUAGGUAGCUUUUGGUUCACCCUGGAGUUCCUGCUUUCAGUUUUGGUACGACUGGUGUAGCAAUAAACCUCACCUUUAUCUCUGACUUGGCUGUUUCUGAAUUUGGGGACCAGGGCACCUUUUUUAACCCUUAUGUUGUGCUCCUGUACCCCCAGAGCGGGGCGUGACAAUAUGUUCUAUGUGUUAAUGUCCUAUUCUGUAUUCUAUUGAUUUACAAAUCAUUUGGAAGUAGAAUCAGUGGAAUUUUUGAAUUAGGGUUUUACACAUAUGUGAUUCGGAGCACGGCAGCACUAAUGUAAUGUGAUGUUUGACACCUCUGUCACUGUUCUUGAUUAUUAUUUUGUCUUUAUAAAUUCUUAGAUUAAUUAAAUAAGUAUAAUUGAUGUGAUUUGAUCAUUAUUAUGUGAUUAUUAAUAUAAUUUGAUUCUGCUUUUGCUUUUCUUCAGCUAAAAUGCUUUAAAAAAAAUUUCUGCAACUAAAAGACUAAAUUGUGGACAUUCCCUUUUGUGAAACGGUGAAGGUAAGAAUUUGAGCAUUAACCAGUUUCAGUGUGAAUAGCUCUUACUGGUUACAGACCCAUGUGACCUACUGUCCAGAACCCUAAAAUGAAACCAGUUAAUUACCAAGCUGCCACAAUGAAUGUGGCUGACGGAGGCUCGCCUUUCUUUUAUCAAAGAAAAGCAGGGAUGGCACUCGGACAGUGGGGCAGAGAUCCAGUCCAGACUUCCUGUACAGGGGCGCUGGUCGCAGAGGUCGACGUACUGUGGCACUGCACUCUCUCUGAUAUGCAGAAAAAAAGGAUCUACUUGUCGCAGCUAUCUUAGCGACUUCAAACAUGUCUUUGUCAUUUCCUUGUUCCUUUCUGUGACAUGUGACAAGCAUGGUUCGAAUGUUUGGAAUUAUUUCCAUGGAUGACUUUUAGACAGUCACAGUGCAAAAUGUUGAUGUUAUCUGAGACAGAAAAAGGUUGUUUCUGGUUAAAGACUUUAAGAUGCUUAACUUUGGUGCUACACACACACACACACACACACACACACACACACACACCGAUACUGAGAAGAAGGAUGUGAGUCUGGUUUUGAAUCUCAGCACAGAUGUAGCUGAUCUCCGGUCUGCUUGCUCCCAAAAACUAACCCCUGACCCCUGUAGGGCCUUUCUCCUUCUCCUGCUGGGAUGCCCGUGCACAAACCACCCAAAUGUGUGGCUGCGGACGGCCCGGCUCUCCCGAAUCCAUCUCUGUCUGCCUCUGGCUCCUGGGGGCUGUUACAUACUCCAUCACUCCCACUCCACACUGUUUUAUAUAUUGUUGAUUUAUAUGCCUGUGCACAUUUAAAUUUCUGUGUUCCAUGUAUGUUUACUUUUCUUACAGCUGUGACAGUUAGGGUCAUCCUGUACACCACAUAUAUGUAAUAACUGAAAUAACAUGAAUAAAUAACCAAACGAGC